UUGUGCACCCUAGUCCCCCUACUGAGAUACUGGAACGUUGCAGCUUCACUCAUGAGCAUCGCUAUGAUUACCGUUAACAGGUACAUUAUGAUCACUCAGACGGCCUCGUAUAGCAGGAUAUACAGACCUGUGUGGGUCUGUGGGAUGAUCUUCGUCUGUUGGAUGUUUCCUCUAGUCAUGCUCUUCCCAACACUGCUUUCUUCUUGGGGUCGGUUUGGUUUCGACCCGUGGCUGGAAACCUGCACCAUCUUGUCCACGUCCGGCGAGCACCCGAAGCAGGUGCUCUUCGGCCUCGGCUUCUGCGUGCCAGCGGCUGCCAUCGUCGUCUGCUACUCCCUCAUCUUUAAGACCGUCAAGGAGUCUGAGCGGAGGAUGCUGAACCACCGACGGCCAUCUUGCGCCCAUGCGCCACAGCAGUCGGAGAAGGAGAUACGUCGUCGGCGGAACGAGUGGCGGGUGACGCAGAUGGUGCUGACGAUCUUCGUGGCGUUCCUCGUAACUUAUCUGCCCAUGACGCUCAUCAAGACCUUCGAUACGAAGCUCAGAUACCCUGUGUUGCACGUGGUGGCCUACGUGCUGAUCUACACUUCGUGCUGCGUGAACCCUGUCAUCUACGUGGUCAUGAACAAGCAAUACAGACAGGCUUACCUCGCCCUGCUGCUGUGCAGACGACAGGCGACUCGAUCCUUCUCCAUGCACAGCUCAGGGGAACGUAGAUCUGCCGCGACGUAUCACCCCAACGUCGACAAGAUCGACGUCGAGGCAGACGAGCUGGCGGCAGCUGUAGCGCCAGCGUCAGCGUUCGUCGACGUGCCGCUGGCCGGCGUCUUCAAGCAAAUUCCUGAUAUAUAGUUGCUAAAAUAUCUAUUUUAUACUGAAGAAUUAUAAUUAAAAUAUAACUCA